AUGAAUUUAUUCCAUUAAACAUGGUGAAUGUUAUGAAAGGUGUCCUUGUCGAAUGCGAUCCUGCUAUGAAACAAUUUUUAUUACAUUUGGAUGAGAAACUUGCAUUGGGACGUAAAUUCAUAAUCCAAGAUUUGGAUGAAAGCCACCUCUUCAUUUCCACAGAUAUUGUUGAAACUUUGCAGGCUCGUGUUGAUGAACUCAUGGAUCGUAUUAGUUUCCCAUUGCAUGAGAAGGAAGCUUAA